CUUCUUGUUAUGACCCUCCAUAACGGAUUGUGUGUCGCCUCCAAAUUCAGUAGUAUGGAAAUUGUAGUAAUUGCAGUAUUUGUUUUUUUUUCUUUGCUUUGUGUGGCGGAGCCAAAUUUGAGGGAGGCGCGAUCUUCAAAUAACCCACCACUCGAGUGAAAAUGAAAAAAAUCUAGCCAGAAGGGUUAGGGCCCUGUAAUUAUUUCAUCCAAACAAAAAAAGUGCACUGCGCAUUCUCAGCUAUUCAAUGAAAAACUCUAUCAAUGUACUUUUGUACUUUCCUGAAAUGUCCUUAAAUAGGCUGGUGCUGAAGUCCUGGCUAAUAGAAAAGUAAUAAGUGUUGUCAAGAGUUACUUUGACUUGAGUUUGAAAUGAUGUUCGAUUGUUCGGAGGUCAUUUCAAGACGGUACUCGUGCUGCCUACCUGUCAAUUGCAUGCUCUUUGACCCCUCGGAGUAUGAGUAGCAAGUAUCGCGCUAACCUGGCGACCAUCUGUACACACAUAUGAAAGGCAGGUCCUCCCAAAAGUAGUCCAACUCCCUAAGAUGUUGCCAAAACGCUCCGCACCUCUGGUGUUUAUUGGCCCGAAGCCCAAACGCAAGAGGAAGAUGAUUCCCCUCUACGAGAAAGUCAAGAUCCUCAAUAUGCUCCGCGAAGGCAUGAAGUUUUCCGCAGUCGCACGCAGUUAUGGAAUGAGCGAGUCGACCAUUCGCUCCUUCAAGAAAGAGGAAGCCAAGAUCCGAAGUACUGUGUCCUUGAACGGCUCGCAAACCUUGAAGAGGGUGAUAUCGAAUCGAAAUAAGUACAUCGUUAGGAUGGAGUCGGCAUUGGUUCGGUGGAUAACCCAAUGCAGGGAGAAGAACAUUCCUUUGAAUACCGUUGCCAUGAUGGAGAAGGCCAGAGAACUUUACCAGGAACUGGCUGGUGAAUGUCGACAACGUGACAAAGAAGACACAACCAACGACGACCGCCAACAAGGAGAAUCGACCUCGUCGGAAGAACCGAUGGAAUUUCUCGCAAGCAAGGGCUGGUUUGAUCGCUUCCGAAAGAGGUACCAGCUCAAGAGCGUGUCGCCGCAUUGGGAAUCCGCAUCGGCAGACGUGGAAGCGGCCAGCAAAUACCCGGAGACCUUCAAGGCACUCGUGCAAGAGAAAGGGUACAAGCCUGAACAAGUCUUUAAUAUGGACCAGACAGGCUUGUUCUGGAAGAAGAUGCCAACUCGGAUGUUUUUGAAGGAGGAAGCCGGAGCCCCUGGAUUCAAAGGGCAGAACGAUUGGGUGGUGCUGAUUAUGUGCGGCAACGCGGCUGGUUUUCUGAUGAAACCGGCAUUGAUCUACAAAUCGGCGAACCCUCGGUCCCUGAAGAACAAAGACAAAUCCCUGCUGCCUGUGUUCUGGAUGCAUAACUCAAAGGUGUCGAUGUCGAAAGCCCGGGUGACCGAGUGGUUCUUUGAAAGUUUCAUCCCUCAGGCUAAGUUGUACCUAUCAGAGAAGGGAUUGGACUUUAAUAUUUGCCUGACGAUGGAUAAGGCUAGCUGCCACCCAGUGGAUUUGUUCUAUGAGGGAGUGCAUAUUGAGAUCUUGCCUCCUAACAUUCAGCCUUUAGAUCAAGGGCUCGUUCAGACAUUCAAGGCUCUUUACACUCGAAACAUCAUGCAGCACAUCGUGAACGGAAGGAGUAGCGACGGAACUAUUCCAGUUGGCGAGCUGUGGAAGAAGUUCAACAUAGCAACAGCUCUUCAGGUCAUUCAAGGAUGUCUAGAGGAGUUAAAACCGGAAACGGUUAACGCGUGUUGGAAGAAGCUGUGGCCGGAAUGCGUCCAUGAGGGUGAAGGCCUCUCCACUGAAGAAAUUCAACGCUCGGCGGUGGAUAAGGCAGUCAACCUGGCGGAGCGUUUAGGAGGGGCACGUUUCUACAACAUGACCCCUGAUGACUUGAACGACCUCCUGGGCACAAAGUCUGAUCCAAUGGCCGUUAUUGACAUUUCAGAUCUCACCAAACCAGCCAGUGAAGAGGCAGAACAAGAAAGUGAUCCAUCGCAGGAGGACGGCGAAGACAAGGACUUGUCGUUUGAAAGGCUCUCAGUGAUGUUUAAAAUGGCAAAGGACCUUCAGGGGAUGGUGGAUGCGUGGGAUCCUGAUAUGGUUCGUGCAUUGCAGUUCAAAAAUGCCAUUGAUGCUGCGAUGCAAACAUAUGAGACCCUGCUUACCACCGUGAAGAAACUGCCCCAAAGAUUGCAUAUCACUCAAGACAAGCCAACAGUGUCUUCAGAGGAAACAAUUGAAUAUCCGGAAUUCUAUGGGCUACUCCCUCUUGAAGCGCCUGAUGAAGAGGCGUUGAAUGAAGAGCUAUAAAUGCUCUGCUCUCCAUGCAGUACAACCCAAAUUGUCACUGCACGACCUCCUCACUCACAUAUGAUAUCUUUGCUGCACAAAUACAGUCGUGUGCAAAAGUUUGGGCACCCCUAAUCAUUUUCCAGAUUUUCCCAGAAAUUGCUGAUCCAAACAACCAAUGAACGGAAAAUCUUGAAAAUGAUCAGGGGUGCAAUUGCAUACGACUCUAAAGGAAUUGGCCUCACAUCUUCCAAUGCUUUUGGAGGGGAGUAUUUACUGUGUAAAGUCCAGGCUGACAUACCCCGAAAAAAGGACGAAACCAGAAAUUGCACCAAAAUGACAAAUCCACGGCCCUAAGCUCAUAGCGCGGAG